AUGGCGGGCUGCCCGGCGCUGCUGCUGCUGUGGGCGCUGGUGCUGGCGGCGGGCGGCACGGAGCUGGUCUACAGGCCUGGCCGCCGGGUGUGUGCCGUCGGGGUUCCUCAGGGCCCCGUGACCGAGUCCUUCCUGCAGCCCAUGUACCAGCCCUUCCUCACCACCUGCGGCGGGCACCGCGUCUGCAGCACAUACCGAACCAUCUACAAGACUGCCUACCGCCGCCGCCCCGGGCCGGCCCCCGCCAGGCCGCGCUACGCCUGCUGCCCCGGCUGGACGCGGACCCACGGGCUCCCCGGGGCCUGCGGAGCAGCGAUAUGCCAGCCGCCGUGCCAGAACGGAGGGCGCUGUGUCCAGCCGGGACGCUGCCGCUGCCCGGCCGGGUGGCAGGGAGGCAGCUGUCAGACAGACGUGGAUGAGUGCAGCGCCACGGGGGGGGGCUGUGCCCAGCGGUGUGUCAACACGGCCGGGAGCUACUGGUGCCAGCGCUGGGAGGGGCACAGCCCCCCUGCGGACAGGGCGCUCUGCCUGCCCAGGAGAGGGCCCCCCGGGGCGGCCCCGAACCCCACAGGAGGAGCGCCCGGGGAGGUGCAGGAGGAGGUGCAGAGGCUGCGGUCCCGGGUGGACGUGCUGGAGCAGAAGCUGCAGCUGGUGCUGGACCCCCUGCACAGCCUGGCCUCGCGGGCGCUGGACCACGGGCUGCGGGACCCCGGCCGCUUCCUGGCGCACUCCUUCCAGCAGCUGGACCGCAUCGACUCCCUGAGCGAGCAGGUGUCCUUCCUGGAGGAGCAGCUGGGGUCCUGUUCCUGCAAGAAGGAGCUGUGA